AUGGACACUCUUAAGACACUACUCGAAGGCCUAUACCAACAAUAUGCCUCCAUGCAAGCAUCCAUGCAACAACACAUGACCGAACAAGCUGCUUUGCACAAUGCCUUUCAGCAAAAUAUGGACAUAAGGAAGUUAAUUGGAGCCAGAUAUUAUGUCGGAGACUCUACAACCGACACUCAGAAUCAUGGGACUCACACGGCCUCAACAACAGUUGGAAGAGUAGUAAAAAAUGCCAACUAUUUUGGCAUUGUAAACGGGACAGCGAGAGGAGGUGUUCCAUCCGCUAAGAUAGCUACUUAUAAGGUGUGCAAAGGUCAUUGUGAUUCCAAAGACAUCAUGGCCGCCUUUGAUGACGCCAUUGCUGAUAAUGUAGACAUUAUCACUAUCUCAAUUGGAUCUCUGGACCCUUUAAACAUUAGUGAAGAUGUUCUUGCUAUUAGCUCCUUUCAUGCAAUGCAAAAGAGUAUUUUAACCGUACAAGCGAGCAAUUCAACAAAUCAGUUUUCCAUAGGCGAAGGCAACAAACAGUUGGUGUAUGGAAAAGAAAUCACCCGUCAUUGUAAUGAAUCAAGUGCAAUGCAAUGCAUUGACAGUUGUGUUAACUCUGAUUUGGUUAAGGGAAAGAUAGUGGUUUGUAAUGUUAAUCAAUCGGACUUUGGUUUCUUCUUUACGGCUAGAGAUUACAAUGCAAGUGGGGUUAUUUUUAGAAAGAUUGAAACAGACAUUUCAGAUAACGUACCUUUUUCAAUCGUGUUUUUGAAUGACUCUGAUUUUCAUUAUGUUGAAUCUUAUCUAAAGUCUAAAACGGUGUCAUCUGCGCGUAUACUAAAGAGUGAGACUAUUCACUAUCCUGCACCCAUUGUAGGUUUUUCUUCUAGCAAAGGACCCAAUAAAAUUUUACCAGAAUUUUUCAAGCCUGAUAUAACCGCCCCAGGAAUUAAUAUCUUGGCAGAAAGCCCUAAACCCAACAGUUAUUCUACUGGCCAAUUAGCUUCUAAGUACGACAUCCAGUCUGGAACUUCCAUGGCGUGUCCUCAUGUUACCGGUGCAGUUGCAUAUGUGAAAUCGAUGCAAUCUGAUUGGUCUAUUUUAGCUAUCAAAUCAUCUAUAAUGUCGACAGCUUGGACCAUGAAUAUGAAAGACAAUAUAGAUGCUAAACUUGGCUAUGGAGCAGGACACAUCGAUCUAGUGAGGGCUAUAUAUCCUGGACUCGUGUAUGAGACAUUGAUAGAUGAAUAUGACAACAUGCUUUAUAGUAUGGGUUUAGAAGGAGAUAAGUUGAGGAAAAUGAUAGGAGUAAUAAAGAAGUGUCCAAAAGGAAUAAUAACUUCUAUGAAGGAUCUCAACUAUCCGGCAAUGACAGCCUCAGUUAAUAAUGAAUAUGAACUUUCUGUAGUGGCAGUAGAUCUGGCAAAAUCAAAACAGGUUGGAUUAAUCUAG